UUUCACCAAGACCCGAUGAUGAUGUUCUGGUAAAACCAGAUCGACUGGCAUCUUCCUUUUUGUUGUCUCGCUUCAAUACCAAUUAAUUGCAUCUACUUACUUUAUACGUAGAAAAUGUUAGUUUUCUGUUUAUUCCACAUUGGUUGCAAUGUUGCUCGCUUACGCUUAUGCUCGGACUGUUAUUCGUUCGUCACCUCGUGUUAUUGGUGGAAAUGAAGAAAAUUCUGCUGGUUUUCCUCGUUCUGAUAGUGAGCCAAGGUCGCGAGAGUCUCUGUGAAGAAUUUCUAGAACCACUUUUGAGACUGCCAAAUUUGCAUCGCCAGUGCAUGAGGUGUUUGUGCCACGUGGCCACAGAAUGUGACUUGACCAGGGGUUGCGUGAAAGGCUAUUGCGGCCCCUAUAAAAUCAGCAAAAUUUAUUGGAAGGACGCCAGUGAGGUCACCCUACCUGAUGAUGACAAAGAACGGGCAGGAGCUUACGAAGACUGUGCCUUAUCAUACCAAUGUGCCCAAAGAAUAGUACUAAACUACAUAGCUAAAUACGGAAGGGAUUGUAAUAAUGACGGUGUCACCGACUGUGAUGACUACAUGAUGAUCAACUUCAACGGUGGAUACCAGUGUCAUCCGCCACUGAACAGAAGUGAAGCAGGAGUAGGAUGGUUACAAAGAUACAAAGCAUGUAAUCCUAAGUUAUACUGAAUGCUACAUUGUGUUAUAUACUUUUAAAAUACUUGUAAAUUACAAAUAGUUAUAAUAAAAUUUUGUGUGUGUUUUUAUAGCAGAAAAAUAGAAAAUAUA